AUGCAGGUGAUCCAGGACCCCGAACUCCAGCACAGAAUGGCACACAUGUUGAAGAUGGAGGGCGGCGCCAUCCCGGCCAGCUCCUUCACCGUGUCCUCCUCCUCCUCGUUCAGCACCUCCUCCUCCUUCUCCUCUUCCUCCUCCUCCGGCUUCUCCUCCUCCGCCUCGGGCUCGUCCAGUUCCGGGGCCGCGAGCUCCAGCUCGUCCGCCAUGGGGCUCGGCUCCAUGAGUCUGGAGCAGACGAUGAAGAUGCAGAGCGCAGCGCAGCAACUCCUGGGCAAGAUGAAGGCGAGCGACAACUAUGCCAGCCUGGAGUUCGUGGGGUGGUGCCAGGAGCUGUCCACCUCCCUCAAGCAGUGCGGCACGCUGGGUGGACGAGUCCAGCUGGCCGACUCACUCACCGCACAGGGCUGGGCGGGGGUUCUGGUGAAGGUCCUCUCGGGCCUGGACGCCGAGGGGCUGGAGUUCGUGGGGGGCUCCGCGCUGCGCCUCGUGCUGCACGCCUCGCAGCUGAGCGCCGACUUCCGCACGGCGCUGGGCCGCGCCGGCGGCGUGCAGAUCCUGCUGGGCAACCUCGCCGCAGUGAAGGACUCCGCCGAUGACGAGACGGCAUUCGCUCAGCUGCUGAUCUCGCGGCUGGCGAUCAGCUCGCUGUGGCACGUGGCCACCGAGCGGCAGAACCGCGCGUUGCUGCGCACUGAGGCGGCGCGCGCGUCGCUGGGCGCGCUGCUCGCCCUCAAGAACGCGCAGGUGCGCGUCGGGGCCACGCUCACUGCCUGCCUGGCGCUCGGCGAGAGCACGGCCGAGGAGCACGCCGUCAAGUCGGGGCACCUGUCCUCCACGGUGAGCUGGCUGCGUGCGGCGCUCAACACUGUCCUGCUGGAGCACGAGGGGCACAGCCUCCUGGAGAUCCUCACCACCCUCGCUCACCUCGCCCGCCUUAGCGCCUGCGCCACGCCGCUGUUGGAGGCGGGCGCGGUGCCGCUGGCGGUGCAGGUUCUGCGCCGUGGGCGUGAGGAGGAGCGGCGCGCAGCCACCACCAUCGUGUGGCAGCUCGCCUUCCACCCCGGCCUACGCAACGCCAUGCGCCAUGAUGAGGAGCUGGCGAGGGAGUUGUCCGUGCUGCUGAGGGGAGGUUCGCCCUGGCUGGCGGGGGCCGCGCGCGGCAUUGGUCUCCUCCUCCUCACUGAGAAGUCUCCACGAUACGUGCUGUCUCGCGAGGGCACCCAGCCUGGUGGAGCUGGCCCUGGUGCAUUAUGGGUAGCGGAGUCAGGUCAGGAGGUGCGGCUUGGCAAAGCGUGGACCGAGUGGGAGACGUUCCCACACAUGUUCCCCGUGUACGCGGCUCGCGAGGGAGGGGUGGUGAUCAGCCACGACGGCGUUCACGUUGCCACGGCGACCGCCCUGCGCGACAAGCUGCAGGCGCGCGGCGUGCGAGUGUGGAUGAACACGGAGCCCCUGAGUCCACACUCCCUGGACCAGACGCUCGCAGCCAUUGAGGCGGCCGGCGUCGUCUUCGUGACGGCCACCAACGCCUACCAGGACAACCCACGGUGCCGUACUGAGUACUCGUUCGCGCGGAUGUUCGGCAAGGCGGUGGUGCCGCUGCAGGUGGAGCUGGGCAGCUCCGUGGACGGCUGGCUCUCUGCGCUGCGCGACUGGAAGCUGCUCGACGGAGCGCCCACGCCCAGCCUGGUCGACGGAGAGGGGCACCUCAUGGCCGCCCCGACCACUGGCACCGGCUUUGUCAUCAACUCCCCGGCCAACAUCCAAGCCUCCCUCGCAGCCAUCGAGCACGCCGUGGACAGAUACCGCACCGUCUACGUGCAGAACUCCCGCGCCGCCUCCGACUGGGCCCCCUUCAACCCCGUGGGGGUCCCGUAUGGUGCCCUGGCUCAGGGUCCCUGGGGCCCCGCGCCCAGCCUAGCUGAGCUGGGGGUCAGCGGUCCCUAUAACAUGGGCCCCUACUCUGGGGAACCCCACGCCGGGGGGCCCUACGCCGGGGGGCCCUACGCCGGGGGGCCCGUGGCCUACGCCGGGGAACGCAUGUGGAGCCGCAAGUGUGACUGCCGCUGGGUUCCCCUGGAGGGAGGAGCCUCCUCCUGGUUGAAUGCUUAAAGCUGAAAGAGCUGCUCACACGGACUCCAGCAACUCACACACCCGCUGCUGCUGCCGCACACCCAGAGAACCCUGACACACCUGGAGACUGUGUCGCACGCCCAGUGAACACCUAUUGCUCCACAUCCACCGCCAUCCCACACCACCACGAAAACCACCACCACCCACCACCACCAGUGAACAUCAAACAAAAGAUCCCCCGUAUAGCCUUAACAGACUGUUGGGGCAAUUGCUGUUUGCGAGCCCCUAUGAAGGCCGGAACAGCACACGAGCGGGUUGGUGGUCAGUACCACACCCCAGUGGCGAUGUUUACACACUGCACCAGGUACUCAAUUGGGGCUGAUUUGACCUAGGGGAGGCCCAGGACCGGUUCAAACAAUCUUCACUGGUGUUGGCCGUAAGGGUAAAUCGAACCGGUGUAGUCGGGUUUGUAGCAUAGCGCGUUAACCGCGACACGACCACUCCACACACCACCACUGAAACAACCUUCCCCACCAGCGGACAUCAACAACACCCCACAUCAACAUCACCCCACACCAACCCACACAAACCACCAGCGCACUCCGAUCACGCGCAGACAGCUCGCACACCAUGCGGUGUUCACCUCGCUCACCACGCGCAAACCACGCGCACUACCACGCGCACACCACGCGCACACCACGUGCACACAACCACCCCAUGCACACCGCGCCUUGGACCGCUGGGCAUCGCACACCGCGCUGGUCCCGUGUAGCUGCCUGCUUCUCUCUGCGGGGCUGAGGACGCACACCCCGGCUUUUGCUUGGUGCUGGGAACAGUAAAAGUGCU